AUGUCGAGUAUCGAACUCAUCAACCCCAAGGCGGAGAGCGUCCGUCGUGCCGCGGCCCUUCAGGUCAACACGACGGGAGCCAUGGGUCUCGCGAACGUCGUCAAAGGCAAUCUAGGUCCAAGAGGGACGCUUAAGAUGCUUGUAGAUGGUGCAGGGAUGAUCAAAAUUACCAAGGAUGGCAAGGUGCUUUUGUCCGAGAUGCAGAUUCAGAACCCGACGGCGGCGAUGAUUGCACGGACCGCAGUCGCGCAGGACGAUCAGGUCGGAGAUGGGACAACGUCAGUGGUACUGUUGGUCGGGGAGUUGUUGAAACAGGCAGAUCGCUUCAUCUCCGAGGGCGUGCAUCCGUCGGUUAUUGGUGAGGGCUUUGAUCAAGCCAAAAAAGCUGCUCUCGCCUUUUUGGACACGUUCAAGCGGCCAAUAAAUCUAGACCGCGCUACAUUAAUCAAUGUCGCUCACACCUCUCUUGCAACGAAGCUUCACGUAGCUCUGGCCAAGCAGCUUGCUGCAUCAGUCGUGGAUGCUGUGCUUACAAUUCGGCCGGCUGCUCCACAAAAGGAUGCGAAGGAUCAAUGGCGAGAGCCUAUUGACCUGCACAUGGUGGAAAUCAUGAAAAUGCAGCACCGUACGGCAUCGGAGACUCAGCUUAUCCGCGGCCUGGUGCUCGACCACGGUGCUAGACAUCCAGACAUGCCGAAACGCGUCGAAAAUGCCUUCAUUUUGACGCUCAACGUCAGCUUGGAGUAUGAAAAGACGGAGGUCAACUCGGGCUUCUUUUACUCGUCGGCUGAACAACGGGAAAAGCUCGUAGAGUCAGAACGGCGUUUCACUGACGAGAAGGUCAAGAAGAUCGUUGAGCUCAAGAACCUUGUUUGUGACCAGGCCGUCGACUCGAAGGAGAAGAGGAAGGGUUUCGUUGUCAUCAAUCAAAAGGGUAUUGAUCCACUCAGUCUCGACAUUCUUGCGAAACACGGUAUCCUGGCCCUCCGCCGCGCUAAGCGACGGAAUAUGGAGAGGCUGCAACUAGUUUGUGGAGGAAUCGCACAGAAUUCCGUGGACGAGCUGACGCCAGAUCUGCUCGGAUGGGCCGGCCUCGUGUAUGAGCAGACCCUGGGCGAGGACAAGUUUACCUUCGUGGACGAAGUGCGCACCCCGCGGAGCGCGACGUUACUCAUCAAGGGUCCGAACGCGCAUACGAUCCAGCAGAUUCAGGACGCGCUUCGGGACGGGCUGCGGGCCGUGAAGAACGCGAUCGAGGAUGAGGCACUCGUGCCCGGCGCGGGUGCGUUUGAGGUCGCAUGCUCUGCGCACCUCGUUGCAAACGCAAAGAAGGCCGCCAAGGGCCGCGCGAAGAUGGGCGUGCAGGCGUACGCCGAUGCGCUGCUCAUCAUUCCCAAGACGCUAGCACAGAACGGCGGAUUCGACGUCCAGGACGUCGUCGUCGCACUCCAGGACGAACAAGCAGAGGGCAACACGGUGGGCAUCGAUCUCCAGUCCGGCGAGCCCUUUGAUCCGACGGUGGAGGGCAUCUGGGACAACUAUCGGGUCAAGCGUCAGAUGCUGCACUCUUGUUCUGUUAUCGCCGUCAACCUGCUGUCGACGGACGAAAUCCUGCGAGCCGGCCGGAGCUCACUCAAGCCUGACGGGCAGCAGUGA